AUGCGCAAGAAACAUUCAAGUUCCUCGUCGGAAUCAUCCUAUUACCCCUCUUCGCUAAGCAGUUCAUUCUCAGGACUAUCAUCGCCGUCACCUCGUCUAUCACCGAGGGAUCAUCUUGAAACUUUGAUUCUGAGGCACGGCUACCCCACUCCAGUCUCCUUGUCCUCCCUGCGGGACUUGACCUCCACCUCGUCAACUUAUAAUCCCCCUUCCCCGCGCCGUUGCCGCUACCGAUCCGUUUCUCCUCCUACCGACGCAUUUGACUCUUUGACUCUUUCCUCCUCCACUCGUCCAAUCCCCAUCCCAAGACGGGCAAUCCGAGUCUACGACGAUCAUCUCCCCGUCACACCGCUUACUGGCCGCUUCGAUCACGACGACUACUUUGACGAUUGGGAGCGUGCAUCCUUGUCCGCCAAGUCCCGGCACAUUUUGCCGUCUCGUCCAUCCGGCCGCCCCGGCCGAUACUCAAGCAUGCGCUCUGAUACUUCCCCCUUCUACUCGCCGGUUGCUUCACCCACAAUGUCACCCAGACGACCCAGUUCACCUCAGCCCUCACGUUCCUCACGUACCCAACCUUCAACCAAGGCCAUCCCGGCCUUCCAACUCGGAACUUUGCCCCGCUUCCACCCCGCGGUCUAUCAACCCAGCCCUACUUCCCACACUGUGACUGCCCAACCACCUUCACCUCGUCAGUCUCGUCAAACUCACGGCUACCGUACCACCUCGGGCUCUCGGGACGUCAAAUUCCAAUACCGUGAUCUCCUCGAUGGUUCGACUCAGGGCCCGUCCGCCCCGCGCCUGGACCCACUUCUCAGUCCCGGCCCGGUCACUCCUUUUGCCCUUGAGGCUGGUGACUACCUCGCCGCUGGCUCAAUUGCCAAGGAGCGUGCCCUGCGGGAUGCAACUAACCAGCAUGUCGGGCCUCCGCCAGAGCUGGUGGAAAAGCUGAUUGCCCGAGAAAAGGAAAAGGCUCGUCAGAAGAGCCGCACAUCCCAGAAGGGCCGAUGA